AUGACUGCAUCGGUGUCUGCAGCUGCCUUCACAGUCUUUCGGGGCUUCCCCGAAAAGGGUUGCUAUACAUGGUCGCCAUUCGUCACCAAGCUCGAGGCUCGUUUGCGCUUCGAUGGAAUCUCUUACAGUGUCGAUGCCGGGUCCCCACUGAAGGCACCAAGGGGAAAAGUGCCCUAUGUCACAUUUGAACACGAUGGCCAAUCCCAGUCCAUCGGUGAUUCUGGGUUGAUAGCCAAUUUAUUAAUUGAGAUUGGAUACCUCAAUGACCUGAACUCCCGACUAUCGCCUGUGGAAAAAGCUCACGACAUCUCCACCAGAGCUCUGCUCGAGGACAAACUGUAUUUUUACCAGGGACAAGAACGAUGGAUUGAAAAUUACUAUACCAUGCGCGCCAAGAUACUCGGGGGUUUACCCUGGCCUAUUCAAAUCAUAGUUGGCAAUCUAGCUUAUAACAAACAAGUCCGCACCUUACGAGGCCAGGGCACAGGGACUUUCUCCUCCGAAGAAAUCACUAUUUUCCGUGCGAAUAUCUGGGAGACUCUCAAUGCACUAGUCUCAGCUGCACAGGCACAUCAUCAGGACCGGGAGGGUCCAUUCUGGCUAUGGGGUGGCGAUACACCCACCGAGGUUGAUACAACUUUAUUUGGUUUCAUUGUUUCAGCCCUUAUCUGUGACGCAUCCCCGACUACCAAGGAGGUUGUGAACAGCUACCCAGCGCUUGUGAGCUACGCUGGGCGAAUCCAUGACACAUAUUUCCCGGACUACGAGCGAUGGGAGUAA